AUGUCAAGGCCAAGUAGUUCUACCCGGAACCGUGCAUGGUACCGUCAGCUCUUCUAUGAUCAUCCCAAGCUCCCAGAGAAAGCACCGGAAGCAUACGUUGGCAAAGACAAGGCGAAGGUAUGGUGCAAACUAUGUUUUGAUCAAUUAGUGCUCUUGGAAGUGGCACGGGAUCAGGCUGAAGUGGCAAGGGGCAAGAAGGCAGCAAUCCGUCCACGGAGUGAGAUAGAGCGUGCAUUGUGGGAUCUACCACACGGGGCUGGCUGGCUGGCUGCCAGAAGCUCUUCACUUCUUCCACACCUCCGUGAUUGUCACCUCCAGCCACAGGUUAUUAGCGACCGCGCCCGGAAUGAGCAUCAGCGUGCUCUAUCGCCACGCCAUCGACACCCUGGGCUUGAUCCAGACCACACUAUUCCUCCCCAAUAUGUCCUCACAAAGCGGAUUUUGCCGAAAGAAGUCCAAGUAUUUCAUGACCAGGCUAUUGCAAUUUGCCAUGGGUGCGAGGUCACAGUUGAGUGUGAUGGUUGGUCUGGAAUCAAUCAUCACCAUUUUGUGGCAUUUAUGAUUGCUGUUAAUGGCAAGGUCUGGGGUUGCCGUCGCGCGUUUUCUGGCCGUUGGCCCCUUGAUGAUACUACCAAUCAGGUGAAAAAUGCAGAUAAUCUUUUGCUCAUGCUCCGUGAAGUUAUCCAAACUGCCGAGCGGGACUGGGGUGUUACAGUGGUAGCAGUGACAUCAGAUUGUAGUGGAGAAUCCAGGAGUGCAAGGAAGAAGCUCCUCCUUGAGAGACCACAACUGGUUACUCCUGACUGUUACGCUCAUCAAAUUAACCUUGUUGUCGGCGACUAUUUCAAGUCAUCAGAAUGGUUUUUCACAUAUGCUGACAUGGCUAAUGAAGCUCUCACAAUCAUCAGAGCUGUACUCACACGCUGGACGGCUCAUUAUUUGGCAUACCGUCGUCUUCUAGAGGUGAAGACAUCCUUGGAACUACUUGCAGAGCACCCGCAACUAUAUGCAUCAGGUGAUGCUGUCUCUCGUGCCAAGACAGAAAAGAUGAUUCCCAUCAUCAAGAACAGCUUGUUCUGGCAUCAUCUCGCAAGGAUCAAAAAUCAUCUUGAACCACUUGCAAUUGCGGCACACAUCACACAAGCAGCACACUGUCGCUUGGAUCAAGUGCUAUUGACAUUUGGUCUUUUUGUCAUGCAGUACUCAAGCAUGACUGAUCCUGCCGACAAGACAGUUGUUGAGGUGAUUGUCUCUAGCCUUGAACGCCGGUGGGAGAAGGCGGACCAGGAUGUUUUCAUUGCAGCUGUGAUUCUUAACCCCUUUUAUAAGACCAAGCCCUUUCAGCGUAUUGCCAUCUUCAAUAAUGCCCGCAUCUAUAUGCUGAUGUCAAGACUGUGGACCCGAUUCUUUUCUUGCAAUACACCAAGCACCCUGAACACAGAGCUGAUGGAAUAUAUGGAAGAUAGGAAUACUUAUGAUGGUCUUGCAGAAUACUCAAGCCAGAUUGCAGCUGGUGCAUACCUAAAAGGAGAGAGCCCUGACCCUCUGAAUGUAUGGAAAGGGUUCUCUUAUGCAGGUUCAGAGCCAUCACCGUUGGUGAAGCUAGCAAACCAUAUCCUGUCCAUUUGUGCCAAUUCUGCAUCAUGCGAGCGUUUGUUCAGCACCUUCGGACUCAUCCUCACAAAGUUACGGAACCGACUUGGGGAGAAGACCAUGCUAUCACUGGCAGAAUUGAAAAUGCAUCUCCGUGACGAGCAUGUGCGAAAUGAUGUACAGCAACGUCUCAAGCGUCAUCUCGGGGGUGCAAGACCACCACCUCAGGCUAUGGACCCUGGCCAUCCUCCUUCCCAAGAUGCUUCUGGUUCUGGAUCAGAACCCAUACCACCUUCUGCACCAAGACCAGCAUUCUCAACACCUACAGAUGACCCUGCUGGUGCUACAACUUCCCAGUCCCUGGAGGGUGCAGAACGACACAAUACUAUCAGGAAUAUUGCUGCAACACUUGAGCAGAUGAUCGAGGAGGACACAGAGGACACAGAGACCCCAUAUCCAUCCAAGAUUUCAUUGAAACUAACUGAAAUUUUCGACUUCUCUACUCAAUACUGGACUGCAGAAUAUGCCGAGAAGCCUCGUCGGAGCCUUGAUGAUGAACUAGAGCUGUACCAACUACUGGACUUGGAUGCUGAGGGGGAGGAAGUGGAGGCAGACUUCACACUGGAUGAUGCUGCAGGUGCUGUAUUGGCUAUGUAG